GAUCGGCUGCUUCAACUUCAGGAGGCAAAGAAGAGAUUUCUGAACCGCUUCGUUCCGGGCCUGAAGGACAUUCCUGAACCAGGUCCAAAUGAUCCGCCUCAUCCCAGCUUCUUCUUCAACAAGCUGAAGGUGGACCAGGACUUCAUCUUCUUGAAGCAAGGGGAGCGAGAUGCGAGGGUGAUCUACGUCAUCUACAGAGGCAAUGUCCAUCUCAAGCAGGAGAAGGAAGAUGGCGUGGAAACGUGUCAAACCUUGCUUCCGGGACAGCUGUUUGGAUCUUGGAUUCAGCAUACCAUCGAGCCGUUGUCUGCAGUCGCUGCUACCAGCUGUGAGGUGUGGUUCGUGAAGGCAUCAGACCUUCGACUAUUGCCCA